GAGGAGGGGGACGCGGGCCCCCGGGAGUCGCGCACCGCGCCACCCUACUGGACCGCCGUGUUCCAGUACGAGGCAGCGGGCGAGGACGAGCUGACUCUGCGGCUCGGCGACGUAGUGGAGGUGCUGUCCAAGGACUCGCAGGUGUCUGGCGACGAGGGGUGGUGGACUGGGCAACUGAACCAGCGGGUGGGCAUAUUCCCCAGCAAUUACGUGACCCCGCGCAGCGCCUUCUCCAGCCGCUGUGCGCCCGGCGCGGAGGACCCCAGCUGCUACCCGCCCAUCCAGGUGUUAGAGAUUGACUUUGCGGAACUCACCCUGGAAGAGAUCAUUGGCAUCGGGGGCUUUGGGAAGGUCUACCGUGCUUUUUGGAUAGGGGACGAGGUGGCCGUGAAAGCAGCGCGCCACGACCCUGACGAGGACAUUAGCCAGACCAUUGGGAACGUCCGCCAGGAGGCCAGGCUGUUUGCCAUGCUGAAGCACCCCAACAUCAUUGCCCUGAGGGGCGUGUGUCUGAAGGAGCCCCACCUCUGUCUGGUCAUGGAGUUUGCCCGUGGAGGGCCUUUGAACAGAGUGUUGUCUGGGAAGAGGAUUCCCCCGGACAUCCUGGUGAAUUGGGCUGUGCAGAUUGCCAGGGGGAUGCACUACCUACACGAUGAGGCCAUUGUCCCCAUCAUCCACCGUGACCUCAAGUCCAGCAACAUCUUGAUCCUCCAGAAGGUGGAGAAUGGAGACCUGAGCAACAAGAUUCUGAAGAUCACCGACUUCGGCCUGGCACGGGAGUGGCAUCGCACCACCAAGAUGAGUGCAGCAGGGACAUACGCCUGGAUGGCACCUGAGGUCAUCCGGGCCUCUAUGUUCUCCAAAGGCAGCGACGUGUGGAGCUAUGGGGUGCUGCUGUGGGAGCUGCUGACAGGCGAGGUGCCCUUCCGGGGUAUCGACGGCUUGGCUGUGGCCUAUGGAGUGGCCAUGAACAAGCUUGCCCUUCCUAUUCCUUCCACGUGCCCAGAACCUUUUGCCAAACUCAUGGAAGACUGCUGGAACCCCGACCCCCACUCCCGGCCAUCCUUCUCAAGCAUACUGGACCAGCUGACCACUAUAGAGGAGUCAGGUUUCUUUGAAAUGCCCAAGGACUCCUUCCACUGCCUGCAAGAUGACUGGAAACAUGAGAUUCAGGAGAUGUUUGACCAACUCAGGGCCAAAGAAAAGGAGCUGCGUACCUGGGAGGAGGAGCUCACACGGGCUGCGCUGCAGCAGAAAACCCAGGAGGAGCUGCUGCGGCGCCGGGAGCAGGAGCUGGCGGAGCGUGAGAUCGAUAUCCUGGAGCGUGAACUCCACAUCAUCAUCCACCAGCUGUGCCAGGAGAAGCCGCGGGUGAAGAAGCGCAAGGGCAAGUUCCGGAAGAGCCGGUUGAAGCUCAAGGAUGGCAACCGCAUCAGCCUCCCCUCUGAUUUCCAGCACAAGUUCACGGUGCAGGCCUCGCCUACCAUGGAGAAAAGGAAGAGCCUUAUCAGCAGCUGCUCCAGUCCCCCAGCAAGCCCCACCGUCCUUCCUCGCCUCCGAGCCAUCCAGUGUGAGACUGUUUCCCAAAUUGGUUGGGGCCAGAACACACAGGGGCACCUGUUCCCCGCUCUGUCCAGACCGAUGGUCCAGGCUUGCACCAUCCAUAACUUCUGUCACCUCUCCUGGACAAUGUGUAGAUACGUGCACAUAUUGACACCAGGCGAAAGCAGCAAAACCUGGGGCCGGAGCUCCAUCAUCCCGAAGGAGGAAGGGGAAGAGGAGGAGAAGAGGGCCUCCAGGAAGAAGGGACGGACCUGGGGGCCAGGGACACUUGGUCAGAAGGAGCUCAGCUCUGGAGAUGAGGGCCUCAAGUCCCUGGUCGAGGGGUACAAGCAGUGGUCAUCCAGCACCCCCAACCUGGGGAAGGGCCCCAGGAGCAGCCCGGCCCUGCCAGGGUUCACCAGUCUCAUGGAGAUAGAGGACGAGGACAGCGAGGGCCAGUGGACUAGAGAGGGUCGCCUGCAGCACUCACCCAACCAGUCCUACCUCUGCCUCCCGUUCCCUCGAGUGGAGGAUGGCGAGGGCCCCUCCAGUGAGGGAGGCCAUGAGGAGCCUACCCCGGCCAACUCAGCCACUAGUACCCCCCAACUGACACCGACUAGCAGCCUCAAGCGGAGCGGGGCCCACCACCGGCGCUGUGAAGUGGCCCUGCUGGGCUGUGGGGCCGUGCUUGCGGCCACAGGCCUGGGCUUUGACCUGUUGGAAGCGGGCAAGUGCCUGCCACUGUCCCCGGAGGAGCCCGAGCCCCCCACCCGGGAGGAGAAGAAGAGGCGGGAGAGUCUUUUCCUGCGGGCCAGCCGUCCCCGGCGGAGCACCAGCCCCCCAUCCCGGAAGCUUUUCAAGAAGGAGGAGCCCUUGCUGUGGCUCGGGGACCCCGCGGCAUCCCUGACCCUGCUGUCACUGUCCUCCAUCUCUGAGUGCAACUCCACCCGCUCCCUGCUGCGCUCCGACAGUGACGAGAUCGUGGUCUGUGAGAUGCCUGCCAGCCCAGCAGAGGCCCCAGCCUGUACUCACAACCCUCUGGUCAACGUCUGCGUGGAACGCUUCAAACAGGACCCCCGCCAGUCUCUGACCCCCACCCAUGUCAUACUCACGGCUCCCACACAAGCCAGCGGCCACCGGCGGACUCCCUCUGACGGGGCCCUCCAGCCUGCUGUGCCCCCAGCCAGCAGGAGCACCUCCAGCAAUGGGCUGAACCCGUCUCCUGGAGCAGGAAUGUCGAAAACGCCUAGUCCCAGCCGAGACACCGGAGAAUUCCCCCGUCUCCCCGAUCCCAACGUGGUCUUUCCCCCGACUCCAAGGCGUUGGAGUGCACAGCAGGACUCUGCCCUGGAGAGACCCAAGACCCUGGAGUUCCUGCCACGUCCACGGCCCUCUGCUACCCGGCAGCGGCUGGACCCCUGGUGGUUUGUGUCGCCCAGCCAUGCCCACUGCACCUCGCCUGCCCACAGCUCCGGCACCGAGACGCCCAGCAACCUGGACUCUUGCCUGGCCAGCAGUAGCAGCACUGUGGAGGAGCGGCCCAGCCUACCCACCCUGCUCCCCUUCCAGGCAGGGCUGCCCCCAGCCGAGCGGACACUGCUGGACCUGGAUGCAGAGGGGCAGAGCCAGGACAACACCGUACCGCUGUGCAGGGCUGCACUGGGCUCCCAUAGGCCUGCUUCGUACGAGCUCCCGCAGGAGUUCUGGUCGUAG